CCUUUCGGAGAUCAGUAUUCGGUACUCAGUUUGGAAGUUUUGUGUUAAGCGAACAACUGUCCGUGUUUCGGUAACAUAAAAGUCCAACAAGUUGCUGUGUGCAUCAGAAGAUUGAACGCUAGAGAAACUACGUCAGCCUGCUCAAAAAUGUUCUCCAAAGUGAUCGCUGUUUUGGCCUUUGCCGCCGUGGUAGCCGCUAAGCCCCAACAUCAGCAAGCCGCCCAGUAUCCGGCCGGAGUCGAUCCGUCCCGCUGCCCGUCGUAUCCCAACUGCGACAACGCGGCCCUGCACAGCCCCAACCCCUACAACAACCAUGCUGCCAACCACUGGAACCCGAACUGGAACGCUCAGCCAAGCUGGAACCCAGCCCCAGUUCCUGCUCCGGCCCCGGCUCCAUACUAUCACGGUGCUCCUCACUCGUACCAGGCUCUGACCGGACCUAGCCACAACUACCUCGGAGCCCCGGCCCCAACCGCUGGAGGAGACCGUUACCCUGCCGGAGUUAACCCGCAGUCGUGCCCGAACUAUCCGUACUGUGAUAACACCAUCCAGGCUGGAGCUCCCCAGGCCGCUCCCCUGCCAGGAUUCACCUCUCGCCAGUACCCAGCCGGAGUGUCCCCACACACCUGCCCGAACUUCCCAUACUGCUAAGAUCCUCGCCUCCAACUACCACUUUUCUCUUCUGUUACUUCACUGAGCCUCACACUGCCGUCCUGUAAAAAGU